CCCGAGCUGAGAGGUAGAGAAGGGGCUCGAGCCUCCGCACAGUGACAACAAGCAGCGGGGGAACCAAACGGGAAUAAAACAGCGAAUACCGGCAGGAUCCACCGGCAGCAAACACACCGGGGAGACACCGGACAUCCACCGGGAUCACACCGGGCAAACAGCGGGAGAGAAGGCGGCCCGAGAGCGGAGACAGGCGGGGGUCUGUGGCCCGGGAGCCCGGCUGUCUGUCCGCCUGCAGACGACAGUUUGGAUGUAACGGCCGGUGAGAGGGCGCUAACAUGUCCCCUCAGUGGCCCCCCGUCCCAGUGGCUCUGGUCCUGGUCCUGGUUCUGGUGCUGGUCCUGCCCGGCCCGGCGUGGACGGCCCGCUCCGACAGGACCAUGGUGUCGGAGGAGUACGUGGGCGCCACGGUGAACGCCACGGUGCUGGACGCCCGGGGCAACCCGGUGCACAUGAUGAGCAGCGAUGACGGGACGUACGGACAGGACUCGCCCAAAGUGGACACCCGCAGUGCCAGGGUCAUCGCCCCGGCAACGCACCACGGAGUGGUGGACCGGCAGGGCUGCGACCCGGCCACCCGGUUCCUGGUCCCGCCCCGGAGCGGCCACUGGGUGGCGCUGCUGCAGAGAGGGAACUGCACCUUUAAGGAGAAGAUCCUGAAAGCUGCCGCAUACAACGCCACAGCUGUCCUCAUCUACAACAACUCCACAGACAAGACCGUACGCAUGGGACACGAAGGUACGGGGGACACGGUGGCGGUGAUGAUCACCGAGGCGUACGGGAGGGAGAUCCUGGCCCAGCUGGAGAGGAACCUGACGGUUCUGGUCUCGGUGGUGGUGGGUCAGCGCGGUCCCCCCAAGAACAUCAACCGGGGCUCUCUGGUGUUCGUGUCGGUGUCGUUCAUCGUGCUGAUGAUCAUCUCGUCGGCCUGGCUCGUCUUCUACUUCAUCCAGAAGAUCCGCUACAGCAGCGCCCGGGACCGCAGCCAGCGUCGUCUUGGCGACGCCGCGAAGAAAGCCAUCGGGAAGUUGACCACGAGGACGGUGAAGAAAGGAGACAAGGAGACUGAUCCAGACUUUAACCACUGUGCUGUGUGUAUUGAAGCGUACCAGCUGAACGACGUGGUCCGCAUCCUGCCCUGCAAACAUGUCUUCCAUAAGGUGUGUGUGGACCCCUGGCUGAAUGAACACUGCACCUGUCCGAUGUGUAAACUCAACAUCCUCAAAGCUCUCGGCAUCAUGACCAGUGUCCCCUGUGUGGACAGCGUGGUGUUGGACGUGGAGCGUCUCGGGGUCAGCGUGGCGUCCGGCAGCCAGAGGGCGCCGCCGGGAAACAGCGGGCAGCCGUCCAUCAGCCUGGAGCCACUCAGCCCCCCCCACCCCGAGGCCCCGCCCAGAACGCCUGCUGACAUCACCAUCGCCGUGACCAGCGGCCACUUCUUCAGCAGGAACUCUCUGGUCUGUGAGAUGGAGCUGCCGGACAUCCAGGCUGAGGUCGGUCGCUACGACGACAACAAGUCCUGAGAGGGGUCACCAUGGUUACCACCCCCCCACACACACACACUAUGGAUGGAUGGAAACGU